UGCCCGCCCACAGCCGGGCGGAGGAAGGGCCGCGGCUUCAGGGCUUCCGCCCGGCCGGGGGCGGGGCCGCUGCGCCCGCUGCAUCCCGACAUGGCGGAGUAUUCCUGCGUCAAAUCCACCAAGCUCGGCCUCAAAGGGUCGAAAGAGAAGAGCAAGAAGAAGCACAAGGAAAAGAAAAGGAAAAGGGAAGAGGAUGUGGCAGAGCAGCUCGAUAUUGUUGGAAACUGGUGGGCUGUCAGUAAUUUUGGUGAAAUUACAGGAACUAUAGCUAUAGAAAUGGAUAAAGGAGCUUACAUCCAUGCCCUUGACAAUGGCUUGUUUACACUUGGAGCACCACAUAAAGGUGAUGAAGGCCCUAGUCCUCCCGAGCAGUUUACAGCAGUAAAGUUGUCUGAUACAAGGAUUGCUCUCAAGUCUGGUUACAGCAAAUACCUUGGUAUAAAUUCAGACGGACUUGUAGUUGGACGUUCCGAUGCAAUAGGGCAAAGAGAGCAGUGGGAACCUGUCUUCCAAGAUAGGAAAAUGGCAUUACUAGCAGCAAACAGCCGUUUUAUUAGAUGUAAUGAAGAGGGGGACAUAGAAGCCAAAAGCAAAACUGCAGGGGAAGAAGAAAUGAUAAAGAUUCGUACUUGUGCUGAAAGAGAAGCUAAGAAGAAAGAUGAAGUUCCACAAGAAGACAAAGGAAACAUUAAACAGUGUGAAAUCAAUUAUGUGAAGAAGUUCCAAAGUUUUCAAGACAAAAAGCUUAAAAUAAGCAAAGAAGAUACAAAAGCCCUUAGAAAAGCCAGGAAAGAAGGCACUUUUCAUGAAAUGCUACUUGACAGGAGAGCUAAAGUGAAAGCAGAUAGAUAUUGCAAGUGGCAUCCAGCUGGUCCAUUUUCUUCUGCAACUUUGAUGGCAGCAUCAAAUUGAGAAAGAGUAAAAUAUUUUAUAAUUGUUUUUUUAUUUAAGGCAUUUUUUAAGUAUCUUCAGAAUUGUAUUAAAAUUUUCUCAAGUGUUGAUAACCCAGUUAUAAAAUCUUGUUAACUGUAUCACUUGUGAAAUCUUGGCUUGUAUUAAGGGAAUGGCUCCAACAAAAGUUAAAGGUAAAUCAAUUAAUAAUGGUAA